AUGCCCGCCCUCGGACUCGGCACGUGGAAGAUCGCCGCCGGAGACACCACCGCGGCGGUUCUAAGCGCCUUGCGGUGCGGAUACAGGCUGCUGGAUUGUGCGCCGGUGUACGGCAAUCAGCCCCAGGUUGGCGCCGCCAUUCAGCAGGCCCUAGACGAGGGAACCCUGCGGUCGAGGGACGAGCUGUUCGUCACCAGCAAGUUGAUGACGCAAACUCUCGAACCGACGGACUUCGAAGCCGCCGUCAGGACCUCGCUCGCCGAGCUGGGCGUGGACUACCUGGAUCUCGCGCUGCUGCAGUGGCCGGCGCCGCAGAGGGCGCCGAUCGCCGAGCAGUGGUGCGCGAUGGAGGCGCUCGUCGACGCCGGCCUCGCGCGGCACAUCGGCGUCAGUAACUUCAGCGCCAAAAAGCUGGGGGAACUGAUGGACGGGUCCGACUGCCGGAUACCGCCGGCGGUGAACCAGGUGGAGUGCGGCGCGCACUUCCGGCAGGAGCGUCUGCUGCGGUGGUGCGUGACGCGGGGCGUGGUGGUCCAGGCGUACGGUCCGCUGGGCAGCGGCGAUCAGUUCUCGAGCGACGGCAUGGGUCGAGAGCGAAGCGGGGCGGAGCCCGUCGAUCAUCCCGCCGUUAUAAACGCGGCGAAGGCCACCGGCAUGACGCGUCACCAGGUGUUGCUGCGCUGGAACGUGGGACGGGGAAACGUGUGCGUGAUUCCAAAGUCGGCCAACCCCGAGCGACAGCUGGAGAACCUGCGGGCGGUCACGGGGGAUACGGCGCUUCCCCCGGAGCACGCCGACGCGAUCGGUUCCUUCGAGGAGCAGUACCGGUUACAGCACGGGUCUUUUCACACGGGCCCGGGCAAGCCGUACAGGACGUUGGCGGACCUGUGGGACGAGGACGUGGGGUACAUGAAGGGGCGGGAGUUCGAGCGACCGGAGGGGUUCGCGUUGCGCUAG